AUGACUGGCUCGAAGAUAAAGAAAAAAUGUAGAAUCUGUGAUAAAAUAUAAAAUAGUACAAGAAAUAGAAGCAUUAAAGAUUAUAGUAUCAAGAAAUCUUCGUAUUUGUUUUCUAGAAAAGCGAUCGAUCGCAAUAGACCUCUAUAAAUAUUGAAAGUGAUCAUUUGGAAAGACAAAAACUAUGAUAUUUGA